AGCGUGGGCACUCGUAUAUAAUUCCAAAGUUUGGUUACAACGAUGGCUUAGAACUAGCUAUAACCGUAAUUGCGUCCACUCAUGUCACUUCUCGUGGCUCUUCUGUGAGAAUUAUCACGAACAAAUUAACACAAGAAAACACCAACUGCCAUUUUUGAAUUAGCUCCCAGAACUCGAUCAAGAUCCAGACCCGGCCAGUUGAAUCAAUAUCUCGAUCUAUUAGCUAGACUAGCUACCUACUUCUCUUUGCAACGUACUUCAGAGACAGAGAGAAAAGGUGUGAUCAACAACAGUGAAAGCCAUGCUGGCGAGGACUACGCCGGACGCUUGCAACCAAAGACUGUUGAAGGGGAAGCAUGUGGAUCGCAUUCAUCUUCUCGAAGAAAACCUUCGCAUUAGCCAACUUGUGAACACGCGCUGCCACAGCUCACAGUGCGUCAUCGUGAGUGGGACAAAGAACGCAAAGCCCAAGAGACAUGAGCCGCUGCUCCGUGGCCUUCCCCGAGCGCAAGCCAUCCUCACGCCGGUGUCGGACCCUACGCCUACUGCCGAAAAGCGGGUAUUUACUUUUGGCAAAGGAAGGAGUGAAGGCAACAAGGGCAUGAAGUCUUUGUUGGGAGGAAAGGGAGCAAACCUUGCAGAAAUGUCGAGCAUUGGGUUAUCCGUACCACCAGGACUUACCAUAUCAACGGAAGCAUGCCAAGAGUAUCAGCAGAAUGUAAAGAAGUUACCAGAAGGUUUAUGGGAGGAGAUAUUGGAAGGCUUGGAGACUGUGGAGAAGGACAUGGGAGCUUCUCUUGGUGACCCUUCUAAGCCCCUCCUCCUCUCAGUCCGCUCUGGUGCUGCAAUUUCCAUGCCUGGCAUGAUGGACACUGUUCUCAACCUUGGACUCAAUGAUGAGGUAGUUACUGGUUUGGCAUCAAAAAGUGGAGAGCGCUUUGCUUAUGAUUCGUACAGACGUUUUCUAGACAUGUUUGGAGAUGUUGUAUUGGGAAUUCCCCACUCUCUAUUCGAGGAGAAGUUAGAAAAGUUGAAGAAUGCAAAAGGAGUUAAACUUGACACUGAGCUAACGGCCUUGGAUCUCAAAGAGCUGGUGGAACAGUACAAGCAUGUUUAUCUUGAAACUAAGGGUGAAAAUUUUCCUUCAGAUCCGAAACAGCAAUUACAGUUGGCUGUUAUAGCAGUCUUUGAUUCUUGGGAUAGCCCAAGGGCCAUUAAGUACCGGAGCAUCAAUCAGAUUACUGGAUUAAAGGGCACUGCAGUAAACAUUCAAUGCAUGGUGUUCGGAAACAUGGGAAACACUUCAGGGACGGGCGUUCUGUUUACUAGGAAUCCUAGCACUGGUGAGAAGAAGCUCUAUGGGGAGUUUCUGAUCAAUGCUCAGGGAGAAGAUGUAGUUGCUGGAAUUAGGACCCCAGAAGACUUGGACACCAUGAAAAGUUGCAUGCCUGGAGCUUACAAGGAGCUUGUGGAGAACUGUGAAAUUUUAGAGCGACAUUACAAAGAUAUGAUGGACAUCGAAUUCACAGUCCAAGAAAAUAGGUUAUGGAUGUUGCAGUGCCGCUCUGGAAAGCGUACUGGUAAAGGUGCAGUAAAGAUAGCUGUAGACAUGGUUGACGAAGGGCUUAUUGAUAUGCGCUCUGCAAUUAAGAUGGUGGAGCCGCAGCAUCUUGAUCAACUUCUUCAUCCACAGUUUGAGGAUCCAGCUGCUUACAAAGACAAAGUGGUUGCCAACGGCUUGCCAGCAUCUCCAGGAGCUGCAGUGGGGCAGAUUGUGUUUGGAGCUGAUGAUGCUGAAGCAUGGCAUGCACAAGGAAAGAGUGUCAUCUUGGUGAGGACAGAGACCAGCCCCGAGGACGUUGGUGGUAUGCAUGCAGCUGUUGGAAUCUUGACAGCAAGAGGUGGCAUGACAUCUCACGCAGCUGUUGUAGCACGUGGAUGGGGAAAGUGUUGUAUUUCUGGCUGUUCUGAAAUCCGUGUAAAUGACAAUGAGAAGGUUGUUGUGAUUGGAGACAGGGUGAUUGAGGAAGGAGAAUGGCUCUCGCUCAAUGGAUCCACAGGUGAAGUGAUAUUGGGGAAACAGCCACUCUCUCCUCCGGCUUUAAGUUGUGACUUGGAGAUCUUUAUGUCUUGGACUGAUAAAAUAAGGCGUCUCAAGGUUAUGGCAAAUGCUGACACACCUGAAGAUGCACUAACGGCAAGAAAUAAUGGUGCCCAAGGGAUUGGCCUCUGCAGGACAGAGCACAUGUUCUUUGCUUCAGAUGAGAGGAUAAAGGCUGUGAGGAAGAUGAUAAUGGCAGUUACAUUAGAACAGAGGAAGGCAGCACUGGACUCAUUAUUACCUUAUCAAAGAGCCGACUUCGAAGGAAUUUUCCGUGCAAUGGAUGGCCUUCCAGUAACAAUCCGACUAUUAGACCCUCCGCUUCAUGAGUUUCUUCCAGAAGGUGACGUACAAGAGAUUGUAAGUGAGCUAACUGCAGAGACUGGCAUGAAUGAAGAUGAAGUUUUUUCGAGAAUUGAGAUGUUAGCAGAAGUAAAUCCCAUGCUUGGUUUCCGAGGCUGCAGGCUAGGGAUAUCAUAUCCGGAACUCACUGAAAUGCAGGCACGUGCAAUCUUUCAGGCUGCUGUCUCAAUGAACAACCAGGGUGUCAAAGUUCUUCCAGAGAUAAUGGUUCCCCUUGUUGGAACACCUCAGGAACUAGGACAUCAAGCGAGUUUAAUACGAAGUGUUGCGACGAAGGUCUUUUCUGAGAUGGGUUCCUCCUUGAGCUAUAAGGUGGGGACCAUGAUUGAAAUCCCUAGAGCUGCUCUGGUUGCAGAUGAGAUUGCAAAGGAAGCAGAGUUCUUCUCCUUUGGGACCAAUGAUCUUACACAGAUGACCUUUGGUUACAGCAGAGAUGAUGUUGGCAAGUUUCUCCCUUCUUACCUAGCCCAAGGCAUUCUGCAAAAUGAUCCAUUCGAGGUUCUUGAUCAAAGAGGUGUCGGUCAGCUCAUCAAGAUUGCCACUGAAAGGGGUCGUGCAGCUAGGCCUAGCUUAAAGGUUGGAAUAUGUGGAGAGCAUGGUGGGGAGCCUUCUUCCGUUGCCUUCUUUGCAGAGGCUGGACUGGACUAUGUUUCAUGUUCUCCAUUCAGGGUUCCAAUUGCUAGGCUUGCAGCUGCUCAAGUUGCCGUCUGAGAGGGUUAACUUCUUCAACGCAUGACUUGACUGUGUGCAGUAACUGCCGUGUAUAUACAUAGAUCAUUUACAGGAACUUACAAUAAGAAGGCACAGUAAAAAAAAGAGAGGAAAUGCUAUCAACAUUAUAUAAGUGAAAAAAGGGGACAAAUCCUCCUAUGGGGAAGCUAGAGAGGAUCAGAAUAGAUGAUUCAAAGGAAAAGCUCUGUGAAUAAAACAUCUUCUGUUUAAUAUUCUUAAAAUAAAUUAUUCGUACGUUCAAAGAAAUAUGUAACUGUAAACAACUCCUGAUUUGGUACGAGUUACAUACAGACGGUUUUGCUGCUCUGUAGCAUGUACAUGUAAUAUUGUUUGGGUCUCCUGUAAAUCCACCAAAUAUAUAAGACUACUUCUUUAUGGCUCA